AUGGGGUUCUUAAUCGGAGAGACGGAGACUUUGAUCAACUAUGUAGGCAGUGCAUCGCUGGUAUGGUUUUUGAGCACAUUGCUGGCAGAUGUGCUGGCUCAGGAUGCCAAAGUUUGGUACAAGGCUCAUCCAGGCAUGGCGCGUAUUAGCCAGGUAGACCAAGACAAGCAUCAGAUCGUGGAUGAAUUCGGACGCACGCGGUUCUUUCAUGGAACAAAUGUUGUAAUGAAGGAGGCACCGUGGUAUCGACCGCUGGAAUGGGUGCCUGGAGUCUCGUCGUUUGGAGAGCAAGAUGUCCAUAAUCUACAUGAUUUGGGUCUGAACAUUGUGCGGCUAGGCCAUGCCUGGGCCGGUGCAGAACCCGUGCGCGGAGUGUAUAAUGAGACCUUUUUGGAUAUCAUGAAAAAGCAGACGAAGAUGGCCGAGGCCCAUGGUAUUUAUGUUUUGGUGGACGUGCAUCAAGAUUGCUUGUCACAGAAGUUCUGUGGUCAUGGUACACCUGACUGGUUUGUUGAGGAAGACUGGGUUUCGAGUAACGAGAGAUUUCCAUUUCCCCAGAAACUGAAGCCGUUUCCAGUUGAUCAGAAUGGCUUCCCAUCGCCAGAAUCAAUUUGUGAUACUGUGGACUGGUCUCUGAGCUAUACAUCAGUUGCGGUAGGCAAUGCAUUUGGGCGCCUAUACAACAACUACGAUAGACUGGGUGAUUCAUUCGCGGCGUACUGGAAAGAAUUGGCGUCUCAGUAUGUCGAUACAACCAAUAUCGUCGGCUAUAACCUAUUGAAUGAGCCGUGGGUGGGCGAUACGUGGGCCGAUCCGACACUGCUAGUUCCAGGUGUUGCUGACCACAAGGCCAUGGAAGGCCUUUGGAACCGCGCAACUAAGCAGAUCCGUACUGUCGACAAUGGCACGCUUAUUUGGUUUGAAGGUGCAACUCUGGAUGUCUUGUCUGGCUUCAACAACGUUCCCCUCGGGGAUGGCUCAAAGUCGGUGCAAUCAUUCCAUUACUAUAGCCCACCGCAGCUUGGAUCUAUUUCUGCUACACUUAGCAACCGCCACAAAGAUAGCGAACGCCUAAAAACCACUGGCGUUCUGACAGAGCUUACGUUCUGGAUGGGCGAUGAUAAGCAGAUGCAAGACCUAGCGGAUGCCAUGUCGGCGACCGAUGCAAAUAUGGUUUCCUGGAUCGGCUGGGCAUACGAGAAUCUGUACAAUGAAACAACAGGCCAUCUCUACCCUGAGCUCGCAACACACUACAGUCGUGCAUACCCUGCUGCUGUCGCUGGUACUCCUAUCAGCUUCGAGUUCACUGAAUCCUCGGGCGUUUUUAAGCUGGAAUUCACAUCUGAUCCCAGUAUUGACGCUCCAACCGAAAUUAUUUUGCCCCAAUCCACGUUCCCCAACGGUUAUAGUGUCCAAGUCACACCCCAGGACAGUUUGCUGCUGUACAAAGCCGAUGACCGUACUCUGGCCUUAUUCACCUCCAACAGCAUCCACAACGCCACUGAUAUUCAUGUAACGGUAUCUCGUAAAUAA